GGCUAUUCACAGGGUGUUUCGUGACAUUAUUUGGGGUGUACGGAAUAUUGGCGCACCUGAGCGGCAUGUUCUCUACUGCAACAACCCAAGAUGCUGCUGCCUAUGUUGAGACUGUCUACCCUGUUUUCAGCAUAUUUGCGUUGUUGAGCCUGCACGUGUUCCUGUACGGGUGCAAUCUGUUUGCGUGGAGGAGCACGAGGAUCAACGUCAACUUCAUCUUCGAGUUCCAGCCCAAAACGGCGCUCAAGUACAGAGACGCCUUCCUCAUCUGCACCUCUCUCAUGACGGCGGUGCUCGGGGCCAUGGUUCUCCAUCUCAUCCUCUUCUCCAGAGGCUUUUCUUCUGAUCAAAAACUCGACGUCAUUCCCGCCAUCCUCGUCCUGUCAUUCCUUGGAGUGCUUAUAUGUCCAUUGAACAUUUUUUACCGCCCCACGCGCAUUUGUUUUCUUAGAGUGAUUCGAAACAUUGUCUGCUCUCCAUUUUACAAGGUUUUGAUGGCUGAUUUCUUCAUGGCUGACCAACUAACUAGUCAGAUCCCAUUGCUAAGGCACAUGGAAUCGUCGGCGUGCUAUUUCCUCGCCGGAAGUUUCAAGACCCACAAAUACGAGACCUGCAAAUCCGGCCGGAUGUUCACGGAGCUCGCUUACCUCAUCUCCUUCGCGCCCUACUACUGGCGGGCUGCCCAGUGCGCCCGGCGGUGGCUCGACGAGGACGACGCCAGCCACCUCGCCAACUUCGGCAAGUAUCUCUCUGCGAUGGUCGCCGCCGGGGCCAGGCUAACGUACGCCAGGCAGCCCGAAUCGCAGCUCUGGCUCGCCAUCGUGCUCGCCACUUCAUCUACGGCCACCGUUUACCAACUCUAUUGGGAUUUCGUCAAGGAUUGGGGAUUUUUCAACCUCGAUUCCAAGAACACGUUGCUCCGAGAUGAUUUGGUUCUCAAGAAUAAGAUCGUCUACUAUGUUUCCAUUGCCUUGAAUUUUGUCUUGAGGCUGGCAUGGGUGGAGACAGUGAUGCGUUUCAACGUUGGGGUAUUCGAGUCACGCCUCCUCGACUUCUCACUCGCUUCACUUGAGGUCAUCCGACGCGGGCAUUGGAACUUCUAUAGGUUGGAGAAUGAGCAUUUGAACAAUGUUGGAAAGUUUAGGGCAGUGAAAGCCGUUCCAUUGCCGUUUCGCGAAACAGACUCUGAUGUCUAAUCUAAUGUGUUUCUCAUUAUUAUUAUUACGAAUACUAUUUCAGUGUGUAGAUAUGAAGAAAAUGUAUCCGGAUGUGCUAAACUGUAAAGAUCAUAAUAACAUAAUCUUCUUGACUUGUAUAAAUCCCAGUCUCUGGA